CCCAACUCAUGCUCUUGAUCUUCUUGCACGUUGAAUCACGUUGAAUCAAACACGGUGUAGCUUUUUCUCUCCCUGCUCAAUUUGUAAGGAAAGGAAAAGGAAGAAGAAAGUCUUGCCGUUGUUGUUCUUUGUGUCAAGGAAUGUGAAACGUGAUUUAACUUUCACUAGGUGAGCAGGAUUGAUAAUUCUCAAAAUUUCCUGCCCUCUGAGGGGUCGUACAAUGGAACAACCUUCAAAAACCCCUCAUCACCUAAAAAAGCUGAAAAAACGGCGCUCCAGUUUGUUUGCCAGUGUGAAGCUGAACACCAGCUUAUCCAAGAGCAUUGAAGAACCAGACGCUACCUUCCCCUUUGCACAGGAGAGCUCUGUGAAAGCAUGGACGUCCAUGGACAACCUGGACAACCCUGCAACUCAGACAGUGGUCCUGAAGGAGAACGGGCCCGAGAAGAAAAGGGAGGAGAAAGAAAAACGUGUCGCCAGACAAUCCAACAUAGUCACCAUCAAUGUCGGUGGGAGAGUCUUUCACAUACCUAUCCAUCUGGUUCUCCGCUACCCCAAAACCAGGAUUGGCUCUCUGGCCCUCUGUACCGAUCCUGUGAAGAGGAUGACACUCUGCGACGACUACUCCGUCCGUAAAAAUGAGUUCUUCUUUGACCGGGACCCCACUUUCUUCCACUACAUCUUCCACUUUUACUGCAGCAACGUCAUGUGGGUGAUGGAGAGUCUGUGUCCGCUCAAUUUCGAGGAGGAGAUGAACUUCUGGGGUCUCCGCAUGAGGGACACUCCGAGGUGUUGCCGCAUGCUGUUUGAGGAGAAGGUGGAUGAGAUCAAAGAUGGCCUGAAGGUCAACCAGGAGCUGAUCGACGAAAUCAAGCCGGCCCACAGGGACGAGGAGGCCAUGUUCAAGACCAUGUUCCUGGGAGGGUUCCGCAAGGCCCUCUGGGACCUGAUGGAGAACCCCUACUCCUCUUUAGCGGCCAAGGGCUUUGCCGUGUUCUCCAGCCUCUUCGUCCUCAUCUCCAUUGUGGCCAUGACCCUCAACACGGUGAAGGAGCUGAGGAAGUACACUAUCUACGGCAAGACCUACAUGGAGUGUGUGGAGAUCGUCUCCAUCGUCUUCUUCACCUUUGAGUACUUCCUGCGGCUACUCACCACCUGCGACAUCAAACACUUUGUGAAAAGCGGCCUCAACUUUGUGGACCUGUUGGCCGUCAUGCCCUACUUCAUCCAGAUCAUCUUUGAGAUUUUCACAGAUGUUGAUGAUGCUGGUGCCCAGGAGGACCUGAAGACCAUGGCCAGGGUCAGCAAAGUCAGCAAGGUGCUCAAGGUGGUCAAACUCAUGCGCAUCUUUCGCAUCCUCAAGCUGGCAAAGCAUUCCACUGGAAUGCGGGCGUUUGGCUUCACCAUCCGGCAGUGCAGAGAGCAGGUGUGCUGCUUAUUCCUGUUCAUUAUCAUGGGCAUCUUCACCUUCUCGGCCCUCAUGCACUCUGUGGAGCUGGACCAGCCAGGCACCCCUUUCAGUAGCAUCCCUGAUGCCUGGUGGUGGGCCGCAGUGAGCAUCUCCACUGUGGGCUAUGGUGACGUGGUGCCCAUCUCCUAUCUGGGUCGCUGCGUGGCAUUUGGCUGCAUCUCCUUUGGCAUUAUCCUCAACGGCAUGCCCAUCUCAAUCCUCUUCAACAAGUUCUCAGACUACUACGCCAAGCUCAAGGCCCAGGAAUACACCCAGACUAUAGGCCCGGGUGUACGCACCUUCCAACUCAAGAAACGUCUGCGGCGCAAGUUCGAUGGCUGCUUCGAACCACAGCCUUCGGAUGACUCUGAUGACGAUUAUGACACCACAUACCAUCCAAACAGGAGUCAGAGCCAUGCGGGCGCCGAGUGAGACCCUAAUGCCAACGCCCCUUAAAUGCCUUUCUCGCCUUCAUGCUGGAGACUAACACCCCAUCUGCCUCUAACUAUAUUCUAAGCCGGGGUGUAGGAAAGUAAACAUUGGGCAAAGGGGGUGGUGGGGGUGGGGGAUUGAGGCUGAGCCAAGGGGAGAUAAACCGUAAGCUACAGCUUUAGACGUGGCACGCUAAGGGUGACUCCUCAGUCAAAUGGACAGGAAUUACCCCCCAUCGGGAUCGGUUUCUAAGAAUAGCACCUGAUGCAGUUAAGCUGAGUGGAACUAACUUUCUACCAGGCAUUCAUGCCUAUAACAGAGUAACGACCAACGUUUAUUAGACUAUAUUGCACAAACCACUUCAGAAGCUGAGGGAUGGUAGCCAGUAGGCCUAUGACUGCUCCGUGGGAUGAAGUGCUAAUAUACAUUUUUUUUGGAGGGGGUCUCAGAUCUAUAACAUGUGCAGGAUGUAAAUGUUCAAAUCAACACAUGCAAUUAGGCCCAAUUAGUUUAUUAUACCAUGAUAAAAGACACUAUUGCAGUUGGAUGAUACUUCCAGUAGGCAAUUACUUCUCAGUUUUGGUCAGAAAAUGAACAUUCAACUAAUUAAUUGAAAAAAUUAUAUUAUAAAACAACAGUUUUAAAACGGUAUCUUUAAUUCAUUAGUAGAACUGAAUCCAACUCUGACAUGGUACUACGUUUCUACCCAAAUGUCCAUGUUAUGGGCAAUAGUCAGUUCAAGUUACACUAUAUCCUUAAAAUGUAUACAGUUAGACAGUACUAUAUAGUACUGUAUACAGGACCCAUUUGAAAUAGACCAUGCGAUGGGUGUCAAAGAAUAAAAGUUAUUUCAUCUGAACUGUUUUAUUUCUUGUUUUGUUGAAUGUCUCAUGUCCUAUUAACAAUAACAUGUUAGCACAACCAGUAAGUCAGUGAAAUGGAAGGAUGAAGCCAAAUACAUUGAACUAAAGUCAACUGCAAAGCUUUCUGGGAAAUAAUAAUAAGUGUUUGAUAUAAAUAACAACAAACAAAAACAGUUCUGCUCUCCAUUGAUAAAAAAUAUUUGAUUGUAAUAAAAUCUAUUUUCAAGGUUGAAAUGUGUGGCUUGCGCUCAAAUAACUACAGAUAGAGUACAGAAAUCAAGACCACAAGCAACCAGACAUUGCAGUAGUUUGAUACGGCACAGAUAGGCUAAUAAUAGUAUUUAGGGAUAAGGCGACUGAAAGGAUAGCAGCAGUGGCUUUUGACAGUCGCCUGGCAGUGACCUCUAGUGUAAACCUCUAGUGUUAACCUGGGGCCAUAUUACGACAGUAACAGUAAGGAGUGAGAGGGGCCAGAGAGGAAACGGACCCAAGGCUAUCCACACACACAUUCAUGCUUUGAAAAGAGAUUGUGUGACGCUAUAUCAGUACAAAUAGUAUUCCCUGACGCCACAAUGGGACUCCUUGGUAAUGCUAUUCUCGCUAUGACGCACUUCGAAUUUUAUUGUCUGCAUAUUUUCUUGAAAUGCAAACAAAACAAGAUGUGGUAUGAAUGCUCAUGGUGACUCCGUUAUGAACUUGCAUCCUGAUUUUGUUAGCUUUUCUGAGUCUAGUGCUAUUUGGUUGUCGGGACUUUGCUUUUACUGGUAUUUCCAGCAUGAUCCACUAGGUUUGCUGCAGAUAGAAAAUCAUACAGUAGGAAAGCUCUCUCCAAUCAAUCAUUGUCUGGUUGUGCGUGUCUGUUUGGUGGGGCUUGCCUAGCUCUGCAAAUCUUAAAAUCACACAAAGGGAAUACUAUCUGUAGUACUUUGUGCAAGCUGAUUUUCUCCAACGGACUCAGAAGUUGUAGCUGUUGGCGUAAGACAUCUGGGCAUCAUACGUUUUUUUGUUUUUUUGUUUGUUGAAUUUGACCACUUUUUCUCCCCAAUUUCGUGGUAUCCAUUGUUUUAGUAGCUACUAUCUUGUCUCAUCGCUACAACUCCCGUACGGGCUCGGGAGAGACUAAGGUUGAAAGUCAUGUGUCCUCCGAUACACAACCCAACCAAGCCGCACUGCUUCUUAACACAGUGCGCAUCCAAUCCGGAAGCCAGCCGCACCAAUGUGUCGGAGGAAACACCGUGCACCUGGCAACCUUGGUUAGCGCGCACUGCGCCCUGCCCGCCACAGGAGUCGCUGGUGCGCGAUGAGACAAGGACAUCCCUACCGGCCAAGCCCUCCCUAACCCGGACGACGCUAGGCCAAUUGUGCAUCGCCCCACGGACCUCCCGGUCGCGGCCGAUUACGACAGAGCCUGGGCGCUGAGUCUCUGAUGGCACAGCUGGCGCUGCAGUAGAGCGCCCUUAACCACUGCACCACCCGGGAGGCCCGAACGUUACAUAUCUUUAACUUGAUUGCUGACAUGCAAAACAUUUUGGGACUAUAUCAACAAUGGACUAAUGAAAGAAAUACCAAAAGAUGCUUUUUGGGUGGAGCUUUCCUUUAAGAUGUUGGCUUGACAGUCCAAUAAACUUCCAUGGUUGGUUUCAUUGACUCUCCCCUUGAACUGCCCCUAAUUUACCCAUUUUUAGCAACAACUUCUGAGUCUGUUGAAAAGGAUCAGCUAGAGCAAAGUGAGAUGUAGAAUCACUGAUAUACAAAUAGUAUUCCCUGACAAAUAAUAAGCUUUGUGCGAUUAAGAUUCACAGAGCUACACUUUCCCAAACUCGGUCCUGGGGCACCCCUGGUGCACGUUUUGGCUUUUGCACGAGCACUACACAGCUGAUUCAAAUAGCCAACUCAUCAUCAAGCUUUGAUUAUUUGAAUCAGCUGUGUAGUGCUAGGGCAAAAACCUAAAUGUGCACCCAGGGGGGGGGGGGGGGCCCAACAAAGAGUUUGGGAAACCCUGGCUUAUAGACCCCCCCUUCGUUUUCUACUGUGUUAUUGACUUGUUAAUUGUUUACUCCAUGUGUAACUCUUUGUUGUAUGCUCACACUGCUAUGCUUUAUCUUGGCCAGGUCGCAGUUGUAAAUGAGAACUUGUUCUCAACUAGCCUACCUGGUUAAAUAAAGGUGAAAUAAAAUAAAAAUAAAUAAAUAAAAUAAAAAAUGCCCCAAAAA